AUGGACCAUUUGCUACUGUCUAACAGUUCCGAUGCCGUGUUCGGCCCUGCUUAUUCUGGUGCGCUGAGAGACUUCGAUUUCACGCUCUUGUUUGACGACACCAUCCUGACCAUUGUACCUGCCACGAUCUUCCUUAUUGCAGCUGGCGCAAGAGCGAUAUGGCUCACAAGCAAGCCCAACAAAGUCUCGACGUCCUUCAGUCGUCUGACUAAACUGGUCCUGCUAUCAGCUUUUGCAACGAUACAAUUGACCGUUCUGCUGGCUCGGGCGACGAACUUAGAGAUCGCGACAAAAGCUUCGGUCGCUGCAGCUGCACUUGAUUUUUCAGCUGCCUGUGUGUUGUUCAUGCUCUCAUGUUACGAGCAUUCGCGAUCAAUAACACCCUCGACAAUCAUUGGGCUUUAUCUGAUAAUCUCGUUCCCAUUCGAUGCAGUCCGACUUCGGACCUUCUCUUUGCUCCGUGGUUCAGCGGUCAGAGGCAUAGCAAAUUUGCUAUCGCUCUCGCUGGCCAUCAAAUUCGUGGUCCUGGUAACCGAGGCCGUCGAGAAGCGAAGCAUUCUCCUGGAACCAUAUCGUGACUUACCGCCUGAAGCCACCAGCGGCAUUUACAGCAGAUCAGUCUUGUGGUGGCUCAAUCCUUUGCUCAGGAUAGGCUUCGGGAAAACGUUGAGCGUUGACGACCUCUAUAACCUUGACGAUAAGCUCUUGUCCGCCAAUGUCCAAGGCAGGUUCUCAGACAAGUGGACUGCAGUGAAAGAACCCGGUCGCCUCGGUCUGGUGUCGACUGUUAUCAGCGUCUUGAAAUGGCAGCUGCUAAUAUCGGCCGUUCCUCGACUUCUGCUAAGUGCGGUCAUGUUCGCCCAGCCGUUCUUGGUUCAAGAGACUAUCAACUACCUCCAGGACCGAGACAGCCAAACACCUUCUGUGGGUUGGGGUCUUGUGGGUGCAUAUUUCUUGGUUUAUUUUGUCGGGGCAAUCCUCAAGGCGGCAUACCAACAUCUGCUGAAUCGAUGCGUUGUUCAGGUCCGUGGUGGGCUGGUCUGCCUUCUCUACCGGAAAACCCUUGACCUCAGCAUAGCAUCGAUCGAUCCAAUGGUGUCCUUGACUUUGAUGUCUUCCGACAUAGAGAGGAUCGUCAUGCCCCUACAACUUCUCCACGAUGCGUGGGGCGGUAUUGUCGACCUUGGGUUGGGUAUGUACUUGCUGUAUCGAAACCUGGGAAGCGCUUGCUAUGCUCCGGCGAUAGUUUAUGUGCUCCUGGCGCUGGGUACGACUUGGGUCACGAAAGUUAUCUCAUCAUUCCAGAAACGAUGGCUUGCUGCAAUUGAAAUCCGUGUCUCCUUUACCUCAGCACUCCUACACUCAAUCAGGAACGUCAAGCUCUUAGGCCUGUCGUCCAUCAUCAAGGAUCGUACUCAGGAUCUUCGGCAGAGGGAAAUCAAUGAGUGCAAGCAAUUUCGAGUCAUCAACAAUGUCCAAAUUGUUAUUCAGAAUGGACCCAGUAUCUUUGCGCCUUUCGGUACAUUCCUGAUGUACUAUCUCCGCGCAAGAGCCUCUGGACAACCCUUGGACCUGGGAGUCGCAUUCAGCGUCCUUACCAUCUUGCGCCUGGUCCAAGGUCCAUUGAACACUCUGUUCUGGGUAACCCCAAAGUUGUCGUCCUCUCUCUCGUGCUUUGACAGGAUCCAGCAAUAUCUGCUCGCACCAUCUCGGCACGAUAACCGACUCUUAUUCGAAGAUGUAUACGCCUGGAGAGGCGUUCCUGAAAGAACGUCCUGUGAGCCAGAGUCCUUAGAGAUGAUGCCGCUCGGAACCGUGAGCCGGCAUCCUGCUGAUGAGGCCGUUGGGCUGCGAAAUUGCUCCUUCGGGUGGGAAGAGAGUGCCCAACCCGUGGUACAAGAUGUUGACCUCUCUAUCCAAGCAGGUCUAUUCACAAUGGUUAUUGGCCCGGUAGGAAGCGGCAAAUCCACGCUGCUCAAGGGGAUUCUCGGUGAAACUCCCUUGUCAGGAGGUUUCGUGUACCUUCGAAAGCAUUCGGUCGCUUUUGCCGACCAAGACUCUUGGGUUCAAAACACUACGGUAAGAGAUGCAAUCCGAGGUCCAGGGUCGAGAGACAUAUCAUCCGCCGACGACAUCUGGUAUCAUGAAGUUGUCUCCUGUUGUGGAUUGCUCGAAGAUAUCAAGCUCUUUCCAAAAGGCGAGAAGACUUUGAUAGGAUCCAAGGGAAUAUCCUUGAGUGGUGGUCAGAAGCAAAGGCUAGCGCUCGCAAGGGCGGUCUAUGCCAAAGCAGACUUACUCAUACUGGAUGACGUGUUCUCCGGUCUCGACAACGACACAGAAGAAUUGAUCUUCCGAAGGCUGUUCAGUCGAGCGGGCCCAUUGCGACGCCUGGAGACCACCGUCAUAAUGGUGACCCAUGCAGUCCACCGACUCCCGUAUGCAGACCUCGUUGUGUGCCUCGAUGUUGACGGCCGGGUAAGCGAACAGGGCAGCUAUGAUGCCCUCGUCAGGAGCGGAGGCUACGUCCAUGGCCUACAAGUGCGGUUCAAACAAGAGCAGCAAAGUCAGGACAGAGGAGAUCUGCAGCCUACACUCGAUGCUGCACAGCCUGGCUAUGAGCCCGGCCCAGCAGUGCCUGUCCCUGAGAGUGAUGGAGAUGCCCAAGACUUGAUCAGGCGGACAGGCGAAUGGAGCACUUACAAGCACUACUUCAAAUCUUGUGGGUAUAUUUCCAGUAUCUUGUCAUUCACAUGGGCCAUGAUAUGGAUGUUGGCUGUGAAUACACCCGGCAUUCUCGUCAAAUUCUUUGCAGAUGGUAACGAUGAAGGUGGGGCCGAGCAGACGACAAUUUUCAUCUCCAUCUUUGGCGUCACAACCAUCAUUGCGGCGAUCGCGGUUAUCUUACUUGGAUACCAGAUAUUCCUUGACAUGCAACCGAAGUCGUCCAGCAAUUUGCACCUCAGUCUGCUGGAGACCGUCCUCAAUGCGCCUCUGGCGUUCUUCACACGUACGGACGUUGGCGCGAUCACCAACCGCUUUAGUCAAGAUAUGGCUCUAGUGGACAACGACUUGCCCUAUGCUUAUGCGGACGCCACCUUGUCACUUGCCUCUUGUCUGAUGGGGAUGGGGCUCAUGGUUGCCUCUGGUACAGGCUACUUUGCUGCAGUGGUACCGGUCCUGGUUGCGGCGUUGUACUGCGUCCAGAAAUACUAUCUCCGAACGAGCAGGCAGAUGAGACUUCUCGAUCUGGAAAAGAAAGCCCCGUUGUAUACGUGGUUUAGCGAGACAGCUUCCGGGUUGACGAGUGUUCGUGCAUUCGGCUGGACCGAGAAGUUCUCGGAACGAAGUUUGGAGCUCCUGGAUCAAAGCCAACGACCGUUUUACUUCAUGUUUUGUAUCCAGAGGUGGCUGGCGAUUGUGCUCAAUCUGAUGGUCACGAUCAUGGUGACCAUCCUAAUGGUGAUCGUCGUGGUACAACGACAGUCCAUCCAACCCGGUCUUGUCGGACUAGGUCUGCUGAGCACAGUCGAUCUGAGCGAAAGUCUGACCAACCUCGUCACGAAUUGGACGAACUUGGAAACCAGUAUCGGUGCAAUAUCCCGGUUGAAAGAUUUCGUCCGCACUACCAAGUCCGAGCACAGAGACGAGGAAGUCGAAAUGGUUGACAGGCGAUGGCCAGAGAACGGUAAUGUCACAAUAUCCAGCUUCGGUGCCAGCUACUCAGAAGACUCGGCUCUUGUUCUCAAGAACAUCGACCUCAAAAUCGAACGCGGAGAGAAGGUGGGUGUCUGUGGCAGGUCAGGCAGCGGCAAGAGCUCUUUGCUUGCAAGCCUUUUCCACUUGCUGGAAUUUCGCACUGGACAGAUCGAGAUCGACGGUGUGGACAUAUCUCGCUUACCACGGGACACGCUGCGCGCAAAGAUCAAUGUCAUCCCCCAGGAACCAUGGUGGGUGACCACUGAUACGGUCCGGUUCAACAUGGACCCAUGGAACGCCGCGAAUGCAGAGUUCGACACCCCACUCGAACGGAGUCAGCAAUACGAGAGAUUCAUUCUCGCUCUGACACAGUGCCAGAUAUGGCAUGUCGUCCAAGCCAAAGGCGGUCUCGACGCCAUCAUGACGCCAGACUUCCUUAGCCACGGCCAGAGGCAGCUGUUCUGUCUGGCCAGGGCGUUGGUCCGGCGCAGUAAACUCGUGGUCCUGGACGAAGUGAGUGCCAACGUCGAUGUCAAGACGGACGAGCUCAUGCAGAAGAUCAUCCGGGAACGGUUCCAUGAUUGCACCAUCAUCGCAGUGGCACACCGCUUGAACACCAUUGACGACAGUGAUCGGGUCGUCGUGUUGAGUCAAGGGAGAGCCGUGGAGGUCGGCGAGCCCCCAAAGCUGCUACAAACACAGGGCAGUUGGUUCAAAGAGUUGUACGAAUCGUAACGACGUGGUGCUGGAACCCGCGCCCCUCGGCAAUCCUGAGUCUCUCGUCGGAGGUAAUUUUUCAUUUGUUUCGUCUCAAUGCGACAGUGUCAGCAACACAAUAGGAUGAAACCCGAUACCUAGCGACGAAAGCGGCUAUGAGUCCAUUCUACCGUUUAUUUGAUGCUACAGAUCGUCCUCUUGCUGGGUCCACCAGCAGCUCGACAAGUUUUCUCCCACUCAACAUCCGGGCCGGAAGUAUUGUAGUACACAACAAUGCUCUUGAUGGUCAUGAAGACGUCUGUAGUGCUCGGCGUACCACUCCACCACUUGUUCCCAU